AAAGCCUCUAAUCAAGUGAUAUAUUAAUAAAUCUAAUAAAAACCAUUUCGAUAGAGAAAUUUUGGCUCACGUUUCCAGUGGAUUAAUACCUAAUUGUCGGUGGGAUUCAUAAAUCCAAUCUUGAACACUUUACUCACUCAACAAAUUACUCGAUUAAUAACCGACGGCUGAUAAGCCCCGAUAUUAUGCCCAUUCAAACCAAACGCUACAGAAUAAGGCAUUUGCGGAAACACGAAAUCUCACAAUUGCUUCAAUUAUGUCAGAAAGAGGGCCGACAUAUGGGGACCGCCGAAGAGGUGCAGUCGUGGCUUCAGUUCGAUCCGAAGGGAUUCUAUGUGGCCGUCGAUGAAGACGGAGUCAUACUCGGCAGUUGCUGUGGGAUUAGGCUGUCCGGCAGUCGCGGCUAUUUAGGGAUGUAUGUGGUCAGUGCCCAGUGGAGGGGCAUCGGCAUCGGUAAGCAGAUCUGGAACUCAGCCAUUCAACACCUGGGCUCCAGGAACCUGGGGUUGUCAGCCGUGGCCGACCUCUUCCAGUUAUAUCGAGAUAAGGCUGGGUUCGGACACGUGGCCGACUGGACGGUCGACUUGUAUCGACUCGAGAAUAUGCCUAAACUGUACCAAUACCUGAGCCAAGAUCAUCACCACCGGUGCCACCCGUCGGAGGUGAUCGACUCGGUUGACGGGCCGCCCGGUGCUGACUGUCAGCCCAUGUAUCAGUUGACGUACGACCUGAACGAGUGCUGUCGCGUCAGUAUAUCGCGAAAGUUUCGNUGCUUUUGA